AUGAGCGAUUUCCUCUCGCUCUCCGUGCUCCAGCUGCUAUCGGUCUUGUCCUUCCUCACUUCCGUCCUCGCUGUCGUCUGUGUUGGCUCGGGUUCUUUCCACCGUCUUGCGCACAGAGUUGAGCACGGGGUUGAUGCCCCGGCUCCAGACAUGAGCAUCACCUCUGGAAAGCACCCAAUCUGGAACUGGAGCGGCCUCCCCGUCUCCUUUUCAUUAGACACCCUCAUCGGCGAGGAUGAGGAGCCCCAAGGGUACGUUGGCGGCACAGAGCUGACGAGGAUGGAUUGGCAGGUCACUGCUCGGCCACGUAUAGUAACAACCCCGUACGAAUCACGAGUCCCCAUGUCCAUGGCGAAGCUCAUUAUGACCCGCCACUCGCAACGACGACCAACGAGACAACGACGUAUUCCAGGAAUGCCUCGGCAAACAACGCCUCGCUCACGACUCGCUGAGUACUUCGCGUGA